AUGGCAACAAGAACCUACAAUGAUGCGAUCAAGGCCCUGAAUAGACUUCAAACGCCCUACGAAGUUCUUCAAAAACGACGGGAAGCCGGGAUCAAACUCGAUGGAGGUGCCAAUCAAGAAAUGAGACAGCAUUUGACUCGAAUCGGAUACACCCAAGAUGACCUCGAAAGAUUGAACAUCACCCACGUUGCUGGUACCAAAGGUAAAGGAUCUACGUGCGCCUACGUUGAUUCCAUCCUCAACCGGUAUAGGAAGUCACAUGGCCUUCCCCAAAAAGUCGGACUCUUCACAUCACCCCAUCUCAUCGCCGUGCGAGAAAGGAUCCGAAUCAAUUCCGCUCCUCUCUCCGCUCCUCUAUUCGCAAAAUAUUUCUUCGAAGUAUGGGAUCGUCUGGAAGCAGCCGCAGCUUCUUCGAGCGUACCGUUUGAGAAACCUGUUUAUUUCCGAUACUUAAAUUUGAUGUCUUAUCACGUUUUUCUUCAAGAGGGUGUCGAUGCCGCGAUCUAUGAGGUCGGGGUUGGGGGCGAGUAUGAUUCCACGAAUAUUGUGGAUCGACCGGCGGUGACGGGUAUAUCCUCGCUAGGGGUCGAUCAUGUGUUUGCACUCGGAGAAACGAUUGAUAAGAUCGCGUGGCACAAAGCUGGGAUUCAGAAGGCGGGAGUACCAUCAUUUACAGUGAACCAAAAGCCAGAAGCGAUGGAAGUGGUAGUUGAAAGGGCCACGGAGAAAGCAGUGGAAUUUUUCCAGGUAAUCAGUUUAGACCCCAGACUCAAGACCGUGAACAUAAAACCUGCUGCAGAAUUUCAAAGAGGGAAUGCAAGUCUUGCCAUACGUUUAGCCGAGACCGUGCUCCAAAAAUUGGAUCCCCAAUUCAGAACCUCCCUGGAUCUUCUACCCCAGAAAUUUGUAGAUGCUUUAGAGCAAGUCGUCUGGCGCGGGAGAUGCGAAACCAAGGUUGAUGGAAACGUCACGUGGUAUUUGGACGGAGCACAUACUGCAGAUAGUAUCGAAAUCGCAGCAAAAUGGUAUCGUGAUGAAGUAGCUAAUAAAACCGGUCCUCGAGUUCUAAUUUUCAAUCAACAAGGCCACCGUGAAGCCAUCGGACUACUCGAGGGACUGCACCGCGCAACCCGAAGGUCUAUCAAAUUCAACCACGUCAUCUUCUGCUCAACCUCCAUUCAGAAAAAAAGUACAUCUAAAAUAGAAUUCAUCAACCUAUCCACCGACCCGCAAUCCAGACUCACACUACAAAAAGCCUUUGCCGAAAAAUGGCGCACACUCGAUUCCGACCCAGAAACCCAAAUACACGUUCUUCCCAGCAUCGAAGAGGCCUUUAAAUAUGUGCGCAGAGUGGCUACGGAUGAUGCGCACGCUCAAGUUCUUGUUACUGGGAGUGUGCAUUUAGUUGGGAGAGCGCUGGGGAGUUUGGAGGUGGAUGCGUUGUAG